AUGACAGACAAGCAAUUCGUGUACAAACUAAUUGUAAGUCAGCUCCACCACGACGGAUACAACGCUCUGGCGCUUCUCAUGGAACAAAUGUUACUCUCCUCCCAGAAGGUGCAGCCGAGUGACUGGCUAACUCAACUACUGAGAGUGUGCAAGGCAGUCAGUGUCGCUGAUAGGGAGCUACUUCUUGAUAAGGAGGAAGGUACACCGGAAAGGUGCGGAGAAACCAGCAUGGCAGACAAACAGAAUGAAACAAAUCUGAAGAAACUGAUAUCACAAAGCUCAAUUCACACGAUGGACUUUCCCACUGUCACGAGAACCACAACUAAUUCUGAGAGACUGGAGGACCCUCAAGAUUCACCAAUCCAGAAAGAGAAAUUAUUUAUGCCGGGUAUAACCUCCCCCCUUACAUUCCUGCCUCCCUCACCCUGCUCAACCUCGUUCCCCCUUGGAACUGACUUCCUGUGCAAUCCUACCUCUCUUCUUGCAACUAAAAUGGAACCUAACUUGGAAGAUAAACUAUUUCACAAGGAUAGUUUACAGGACGUUGUUAAAGCCCUCAGUGCCUCCCGACCUUCGGUUUCUUCCGCCUGGCCAUCAGCUAGUGUACUGUUAGGUCAGUCCCAGUUAAAACAGAUCAACAGACAACACAAACUGAAGAACUGCCCAGUGUGUAGGAAGGUCCUUGUAGCAUCCUCCCUCUAUUUACACAUGAAAAUUCACUCCGGCGAGAAGAACUAUAAGUGUGAAUUUUGUUGUAAAAAGUUUCUGUUGAAGCACCACCUUCACUCUCAUCUUAAAAUCUGUCCUAAUAGACGGCCGAAGGUACUUCAAGGGACCGACAGGCCUAGAGAUAAAUCAGACUUCCUUUGAUUGACCGAUGCUAAUGACCGAUGCUGGUGGUUGUUUAAGACAGUUUAAAUAACCAGCAUUGAUGGAGUCAGAUGGUGAAUCAGGCAGAGCAGAGUAUCAAAGGCAUCAGAAAUUAUAUGAAAACAAAAGGGAGAAUUGUAGCUAAAAAAAUUGGAACUUAGUGAUAACAAUACAAUAACAGGAAUAAUGGGGAACUUGGUAAUCCGUUCGUGUUUCGUUAAAUGACCCUUAUAUUAUGAUCCUUAAGUUUUGUGCGUUAACCGCAUCUGAGUGACCAUUGUACAUUAAAACUAAUUUUAAGCGACCAUCGACGGAAUACCAAGUUGCCCAAUAACUUUAUCAAGGCCAGAGCUUACUUCUGAUGAAGAUUACAAGUGAAUGAGCUAGUAAUUGAUAUGUAGUUUAUUAUCAGCGUUUUAAGCUUUGAAAAUAAAUGUUUUAGUGUUGCUUAUCGCUUUGUUGUAUUUUAUGUACAGAACACAUGUUUUUAACGUUUCAUAAUCGUCUAUAACUAUUAACU